AUGAGCGCGUUCAGUGAAUUAUUUAAGAAGGCACAAGAUGCGUUCAACGGAAUGCGAGGAGGUAAUUCGUUUUUCCUUGGCAAAGAUGGUGACGUUGUUUUUUCCAAGAAUAACAUAUGUGUGCACGAGUCAAACCCCAAUAUGAAUGAAGAUGAAGUGCACUGUCCAGGAUAUCUCACGGUUCAUUGUCAAUCGGAUGAGGCGAUUGGGAUUACUUUGAUCUUGCAAUGGCUUCCAAAUGUCACGCUUCAUAAAAAUCCAGCCAGCAUUCGGAGUGUAUCGCCGCGUGGAAGACCACGAAAUAGUGUUCCCGAUGAAAUCAGUUCACAGAAAAUUGAUGAACGAAAGGAAGUAGGCAGCAUAUCUGCUCCAUCUGAUGAUGAAAGUAGUUCUUCAUUUGAUAUUAUCGUAGAAGAGUGUGGAAUUGCGACACCAAUUGAACAGGUUAAACGGCCAACCACUCUUGUUCCAAUGACUACUGCUUCUAAUGGCUUAGGUGUUCCCGAAAUAAAUGUCAUUCCGAAUACCCCAGUGAAAAACCUUCAAGAAGUUGAAACAAAAAAUUUGGAAGAAUUGGAUAAAUCAUCUCAAUCUUCAUUAUCCACAUCUUGCGCCGACGAAAUGUCCGAGAAAAAUGUUAGCUCAUCAGAAGACGAAGAUGAAGAUGAUCAUGCUCAGAUACCGCUUCUCGAAAAAUAUCGCGAGUCGACCGAUAUGUUCGAUAAGACUCCGGAACAAUUUGCUCUAGAGCAUGACUUGAUGCUUAUUGACACAAAAAUUAUCGAACUUGACGAAUGUCGCGGUCGACAAGCUAGAAGUAGCACAACGAGCCUUUUCUCAGUGAAUCUUGCAAAAAUGCGCAGUAUGCGUGUUUUUUAUUCGAAUCCGGAAUGCACUUGUGGGCAACUUGUCAUUGCGACUCUCGAUGCCCAUUACAAGAUUCUCCAUUUUCAUCAUGGUGGAUUAAAUAAACUAGCGUUUAUUUUUGAGCAGUGGUCGGCAAUCAAGGCGCGAAGUGUUCAUGAAGGUGGUUCUCCAUCUGCAAUUGCAGACAAGCAGCUGAUAAUUUGUCAGCCGGCAGUAACUAGAAAUGAGAAAGAUCCAGAAGAAGGGCUCUAUGAAAAACUCAAUAUUCAUAUUUGGAGGAGUUACGAGAAUAAGUUUGGUGUCAUUGGCGAUCGAGCAACUAUUCGCAAACAUAUAUUUUUUGCAUCCAUGGAAGUUGAAAUGAGGGAAAAAGUUUGGCCUUUUCUUUUAAGAGUAUAUCCGUGGGAAUCAACCUCUGAUGAGAGAGAAACUAUCAAAAACGAUUUGUUCUUGGAGUACCAAAGUAUUAAGAAGAAACGAUAUAAAGUAGUUGAUGCGAACACGCAGCGUUGGCACGCGAUUGAGAAUUCAAUUCUCAAAGAUGUUGUUAGAACAGAUAGGAAAAAUCCAUAUUUCUCGGGAGAAAAUAAUCCAAAUGUUGACCUAAUGAAAAACAUUUUAUUAAACUACGCUUCGGCACAUCCCGAAAUCAAUUACAUUCAAGGAAUGUCAGACCUUUUAGCACCUCUUCUUAGCACUAUGAAAGAUGAAGUUGACGCAUUUUGGUGUUUCAAUAGUUUUAUGCAGCAGACCGUUUUUUCGUCGACUCCCCAAGGAAACGAAAAUCUUAUGGAACUCAAUCUUAAUUAUCUACGCCACAUGCUUGAGCUGUUUGUCCCAAAAUUCUUCGAACAUCUUAAAAAACAGAAGCCAGAUGCAAUGCAGCUAAUGUUUGUACAUCGCUGGAUUUUACUAUGGUUCAAGAGAGAAUUCUCGGAGAAUCAUGCUCUUCAUAUAUGGGAGAGUUGUUGGGCAAAUUAUCGAACAAAUUAUUUUCAUUUGUUUGUUUGCGUAGCGAUUGUCUCAAUAUAUGGAGUAGAUGUUAUAACUCAGCAACUACCACACGAUGAGAUAUUAUUGUUUUUUGCAUCUCUAGCAAAUCAUAUGGACGCAAGCAUUGUCUUACAAAAAGCACGUGGAUUGUUAUUCCAAUUUACAAGACUCGAAAAAGUUCCCUGUGUUUUGGAAGGUCUUUGCUCUCAUGAAGUGGAACAAUGGGAUACCCAUAAACCAUUCCAAGUUUAUUAUUGUAAUAAGAGUCAUCCGGACUGCGCAAACUGUCCAUAUCGAUAA